UUGCUCGAAGCAUUUGGCUUGAUGUCCAAGCGGAGUUUGCAAGUUUGAGGGUAGUCAUGGCCAAACUUCUGGAGAAAAGACGAAGGAUUUCAAAGCCGAAUGGAAACUGGAGAGCCCUGCUGCAAAAGAUGAUCGGAUUCAAAGGUUUCAAAGCCUGCUGCUGGGCUGGUUGGGCCUGCAUGAUUUGCUUGGCGCCGUGGAAUCUGACAUGCACCGCCACAUUUGCCAUUUGUUUGUUGUCCUCAUUCAUGCUCGGGUUCUUUUCGUCCGGAAGUGUCCGAUAUCAGUAUCAGAAAAUACACGCGUGGCAUGCAAAAAUCAAAAAGCUAGCUUUGCUAGGAUUGUGUGUGGCUCACGUUGGAUACUACUGGCAGGCUUGCAUGGCUUGCAUAUCCUGGAUUAUUUGUUCUUCCUGGACUUGCAUAUCCUGGAUUGCAUUCUCGAUUCUACAUUUUUCAUGGUCAAGCAUGACUUGGAGUUUGCGUCUAUGUUCCUAUGCUUGGAGUCUUUGCGCCUGGGUUCUGGGCUGGGUUCUGCCAUGGGCUCGCACAUGCUUGUGCUUAGCUGCUGUUCUGUGCCUAAGGAGUCGCUGGUUUUCGCGUCUUUUGGUGAUGCAGUGGUCCAAGGUCUGCAUGAGACGUCGCAGGCCGCCCCCUGAUGGCGAGCAAAUCCGAGCCUACCAUGGCACUCAUGGAAGGAAUGUGAAAAGCAUUUGCCAAGAUGGAUUUCGGCCGUCUCAAGGUGGCAUGCUGGGACCUGGUGUCUACAUCUCCAGGGAUUUAGAGAAAGUUGGGCGCUACAGCCAACCCUAUCGAGGUUCUGGUGUGAUCCUAGAGCUUCAAGUCAGGGUGGGCAAGGUUUGCAUUGUAGACAGGCAACAACAUGUCAACCAAAAGAACUGGCACCAAGACUUUGACACUGCCUGGGUACCAUCGAAUUGCGGCAUGGUGCAUUCGGGGCUUGAAGAGGCUUGCAUUGCCGAUCCUCGGAGCAUUCGUGUAGUGAGGGUUUGGCCAGAUGGCUACUUGUUGCCCAUCCUUUUUCAUGAAGUCACUGAGCUUGCAAGGGAUGCUUGGAAGCUUUGCUUGUAGCCCAAUGUGUAGAUGAUGUGGAGCUAAGUGCAGAAAAGCUUUGCCAGAGGGCGAACAUCAAGCAGGUUUGAUGUCUAAGUGGCCGCCUAUGUGGGAUGUACAGGCCCCUCAUGGGCUUGGCGCUGCGUAGUCACGGGACCUGCUGAAAGGGGCUUCAGAG